GUCAGCCACACCAACUGAUCAGCUUCCAAUGACAGAGGAUAAGUUGGCUUUGAAGUGAAGAAGGACAGAGGGACCACAAGCCAGGACCACAAGGAACACAUUGAUCCCGAGACCCAACGGAGCUCAGAGCUCGUCAAUCCUCCCGAACAAACUUGGACCCGGUCCAUUAUAGAUCUGGCGAUAGAACCCCCAUCCCGCUAGAACCCCGCGAGGACAGUAAGGAUAGACGGCGAUCGCCAGGACAAUGCAGGCCUUUAUGGACGGUUUCAAACCCGCGGAGGGCGGUCCGCACAGCGAUGUGCCCUGGUGGAUGCGAUAUGCAGGCAAAGGAGCCGGCGUGGUGGGCGGAGGAUUGGCCGUGUUUUUCGGAUUGUCGGCCGCCGUGUCCAUCAAUCCGUUUUGCAUCGUGGCGGGGUUGUGGGAGAUCGUGGCGGGCAUUCUUGUCAUCUCCAUUGAAGCUCCCUUUUGUUGCGUGUUCCUGGAUUUUGUGCAAAAGUUCUCCACUUUCAUGGACGUGCGACCGCUCUGGCAAAAAGCGGCCGUCUACUUGGGGCUCUCGUUUCCCGGUAUUCUAUUGUGCACCUCCUUCAGUUCUAUAGUGGCUUCAGUGGCCAUCUUUGUUUGUGCCGUGCUCUUUGGCAUGCAGUUUCUGGGCAAGAAAGCGUCGAGGGAAGAGAUGAUGGCCAAUGUCCAACCGCCCAGUAAUAUGAACUCAGCCACGCGUUCUGAUAGCAUGAAGUCCGGCUUGGUGGGCAACAUCCACGUACAAGAUGUGGAGGCGGCUCCUGCCAAUCCGUAAAAGCUCUUCCUGACCCUGCGUCUCUUCUAAGAUUUGUCAAAAACACACCUUUUUAGCACCGUUUGUUUGUUUGCAUGUCUCAAUCAAGUGAGUGACGAUGUCUCACUCUCCAAGCUUGUAGGCCACGUUCCGUGCCCUCCUCAUCAUAAAAACGUGUAUAAUUCUACUAAAGAGCCGCAUUUGCCAUUAGUCAAAUCAUGAUUCCAAUUAAUUUAUGUCAUUGCCCACCAUACUGUAUUUAUUAUUUUUUGUUAAUAUUCAGUUGACUCGCACUCAG